GCCAAGUCUAACACUACUCUCUCUCUCUUUGUCGGACUAAUCGUACGUGUAGAAUAUAUUGUACAAUAAUCCAGACUUAGCAUAAAUUUCCAGCUAGAGAACUGGACAAACUUCUGCGGUCUGUAUUGCACUUCUGUUCGGGGCAUUAAUUAUGAUAAUAUUUCUUCGACUAUAAUAAGCAUUUGGCAUUCAAGGGACGCUCAAAUAUGCAAGCAGUACUCCCUGUCUUGCCAACGCCACUUGACUUCAUUGUCCCCUAAUUACAAUAAGACGCUCAUAAGCUCAUCGAAAAGUGAAGUGCCAAACGCAAGAUGCAAAUGGUAGAGGACCACAGACCUCAUUGUCUCCCCCACAUUAAUUAACUGACAGAUGUGGAUGUCUGCUGGGGCAGUUGUCUUACUUUGUUGUCUCUGUGGCACGGCUCAGAUAAAUCUGUAGCGUUUAAAUGGCCGAACGUCUAUAAUUGCGAAAACAAAUGUGGAAUGUUUGCAUUGAAAAGGGGAACUCAAACUGGAGCAUGAAUAAUGCAAUUGGUGUGCUGAUGACUUGAAAGUGAAAAUAUAGCAGCUCAAAUGGCAAUGAUUUAUUGCUCUAUUCAUGCAACAAGUUCAGUGAUUGAAUGGCACAAGCGACAUGAGAUCCAAGUAUAUUAUGGAUAUGCUUUGCAAUGUAAUUUCCCAAGCGAUUCCAAACAAUUAAUAUUGCAAACGUGAAUAAAUUUAUAAUAAUAAGGCUUUUAGUGUUUUAGUAGAAUUCUGAUUGCAUUUUGCAGCAUUAUUUAAAGAUGGGUCUUAUUAUUUAGGUGGCAAUUUUCGAUAUGUUUGAUAACUUUGAAGCACUGACAUAUCUGUCACUUAAAUUGCAACUUAAAAUAUGCUGCUAGCUUACUUUUUACUGCUGAAAAUUGCUUUGGUUUUUCCUAAAAAUAUUACCACGAUUAGGAUCAACCAUUAUCACGAGCCCACCUAUAGCCAUUUGAGUUCGUAUCUGGUAUCCUUGCGGACUCGCAAAUAUAUUCACACUCCUGGAGAUAAUCACUUCUGCACCGGAGUUAUCCUAACCAAUCGCCAUGUGCUUACUUCAGCACACUGCAUUACAGAUAAAAACGGGGUGAUGAUGAGCCCCAAACGAAUUGUGGUGGCACUUUGCGCGUCCCUUUUUAAGACCCCAGAGUCAGAGGAAUUUGUUGUAGACAUUCAUAAUAUGAUUAUCCACCCGUACUACCAUAGAAACCAACACAAUGAUAUAGCUAUUAUAAAGCUGAAGAGGUUUGUGAAAUUGGACGGCCAUCACUUGGCUCCAGUUGUUCUGGGCAAUUCCUCGCUGGAGGUGGGAAACGAUUGCAAGACCAUUGGUGGAAUCUUCGGCUUACGAAGGCAAAGAUUUGGGUCAUUUCAUAGCAUGUUGCUUGUGAAUGUCGAACUGCGGCCAUUCGACGAAUGUCUGAAGGUGAAAAAGAGUCUAAUGGCUGCCAGACCCGAAAACGAGGACCUCAUAUGUGUAAAGUCGACGGAGAAACAGCUGUGUACCACAGAUUUCGGUGGUCCACUUUUUUGUAAUGGUCAGCUGUAUGGAAUAGCUCUGGGCUCCAUCAAUUGUUCCAGUCCAGAUCCAGUUUUCUUUAGUGAUGUAUCGUUCUACAACAGCUGGGUGACCAAAAUUAUAUCGGAGGCAGUGGACCAUAGCAGACCAUUUAUCGCAGAGAGAUAUUCCUUUAUGUCCUUUAUCAUUUUAAUACUCAGCGUUGUCUGAAAUCAGGACACUGAAAUAUAACUCUCUCUUGGGAAAGGAAAAAUUGACCGGCCCCUGCGAUCCAUGGAAAAUUGGGGAAAGCACUAGUAAACUUUCGCCUGUACUCGUAUUGCACCUGUGUGCCACGUGUGGCACGUUCACUUUUCCCCCAGAAAAACCGCACUGACUUUCCUUUCUACUCCAACUGCCAUUUUUUCGAUUAUUGUUCAACGCUUUUACACUUUUGCAUUAAUCAAGAAGAAAAGGAAACUGCCGAAAAACUAAAUAAAUUUGUACAUAAAACAUGA